AUGAACAGUGACACAACUAAUAACACAAACACUUCUACAAAUAUUUAUUCAACAGCAAGACCUUCCGAGUUGCCAACCUUGCCUUUGUCUCUAUCUUCGUCCUUGUCCAACUUUCUUCAUCAAUACAGAUCUCGUACUAACCUUACUAUUAUUGUAAAAGCUCAAAUUUCUUUUUUACUAUCGAGGAUUUCCGUUGAUAACUACGUUCAAUCUCUAACAGAGCUUAACACUCUGUCAAAAUAUAACGGUCAGGACACUUAUUUUUAUUUAUUACGACAACUUGCAAUCAGUACUUUAUCCAGUGGAAAUCAGAAUAUUGAGAUAUUAAAUCAUCUUUUAAUCGAAAAAAUCAAAGAAAUUUCUAUUGAUCCACUACUUUUAAAUAUAUUUUGUAAUUCAAUCAGUAACAACAACCAGCUUAAAGUUUUUAAUUUAUAUAGUUUUUUGGAAAGCAAAGAAAUCAAUCUUCCAUUUAUUCUUUCCACAACUACUCAAAAAUAUCAAACCAUAAUGGGCAAUUAUGAUAAUAUUGAUCAAAACAACAAUUUGACUUUACCAAAAAUUCUGUUAGAUUUGGGUAGUAAAUGUUGUAAUACUGCUGACUUAUUCAAUGAAGUGUUGGCUAAAUUAGGUGUUAAUUCUUCUGCAUCUGGUGAAAUCAUUAAAGAGGUUGAAGUUGCUCGUGCACUUGGUGUUAUGGCACUCACAACUGCCAAUUUUGAUGAUGACAGUGGCAGUGUUGCUUGGAAUCAAUCAAAAGAUCUUUCUGAUAAUAAUAAUCAAAAUUGGAAUGUGGAAAUAUUUGUUUCAUCUUUAUCCGAACUGCAACCUCACCUAGAUUGGGUAAAGGUGAUAAAACUACUCGACUACCCCGAAUUUACUAUUAAAGAUAUUAAAGGAGUUCAACUAAUUUUAACUGGUUUUAGAAAAGCUGUAAAGGAUCAGCAACCUUUUCCAAUUCAUUUAUUUUGGGGCAAUUGGAAUAAUCUCAAAGGGCAAUUUAGUUUUUUACGUCAUCUUGUACAACUCUCAUCAAAUGCUUUUAACAUUAACGAUUAUCCUAUUCAAAAAGUUUUAACCACCAACGAUUUUCCUAAUUCUCUCACGCAUUUAAAAUCCUUGCCUGGAAUUUUGACAUCUUGUCCAUGGAAUUCACUUGAAUUAGUUGAAACAUUGAUAAGAAUGGCUGAUUCUGAUUUACAUGAAGAUGUUAAGGUCACCUUUGAGCUAUCAAUUAAGCAGGCUCCAGAAUUAAUAUGUUUAGGUCUAGCUCAAAUUCAGAAACCAUGGAAUUCUUUACAUAUGGAAUUUGUCAACAGAUUAAUAUCAACAUUUUUGACAAGUCACCUUAAUUCAACAUUGGUAUUAUCUUAUUUAUGGCAUAUUGACAAUAAACUUUUUAUUGAAAGUUGCCUUGAAAUGUACAGAAAAGAUCAUUUCACUAUUACAAGAUUAUUAGAUGUAUCGCAAGAAUUAAAGGUAUUAAAUUCAUUGUUAGAAGUUCAAUAUUUCUUGUUUACUAUCGAUUUAGCAGCCCUUGCAUCUAGAAGAGAAUACCUAAAUUUGGAAAAAUGGCUCCAAGAAAAACUUAACAAGCAUGGCGACAAAUUUGCCCAUGAUUGUAUGGAAUUUCUUAAACAAAAGAUUGCAUUAGAAAUUACUCAUGAAGUAAAUGGUAGCGAUCAAGCUGUUCGCUUAACAGAUGAAGUUGUUCUUAAAUUUUUAAGGGUUAUUUCUAAUAGCAAUAUGACUCCAGAAAAUGAAGAAUACUUUAAGGAAAUUCGUAAAAAAUUAGCACAAAUAUACCCAUCUCUUAGCACUAUUCCACUUGAUGUUAGUAUUCCUCCUCAAUUAGAACAAUCUUUUCCCGCUGAAACUGAAGAGAUUGCCAAUCUAUAUUUUGAAAAAGUUUAUCGCCAAGAAAUAGAAAUUGAUGAUAUGAUUAAAGAUUUACAAAGAUUAAAAAAUUCUCAGGAUCCUCGAGAAUCUGAAAUUUUCUCUUGUAUGAUACACAAUUUAUUUGAUGAGUAUCAAUUCUUACCAAAAUAUCCUCAAAGAGAACUGAAUCUAACAAGUAUCAUUUUUGGAUCUCUCAUUAAAUAUCAACUUGUGGGAUAUGUAACGCUUGGUGUUGCUCUACGAUAUAUACUAAGUGCUCUUAAGAAUACUGUAGAUUCUAAAUUUUAUAUUUUCGGAACUCAAGCGCUAAUUCAAUUUCAAUCAAGGCUUCCCGAAUGGCCGCAAUACUGUUCACAUCUUUUGCAAAUUCCUCAAUUACAACAAUCUCAUCCAGAUAUUAUACAAUAUGAACCUGUUAAAAACAGUAUAAAUAAUGAUUUUACAAACUACACCAAACAAUCAAAUAAAGCAAUCGACAAACCAAUUUUUACAGCAUUAACUCUGGACACGCUUUUAGCAGCCGACAAAGCUGAUUACGAAAUUCCAAGUGAAGCAAUUCAAGACAAAAUUUUUUUUAUUAUUAAUAAUGUUGCUCAAAAUAACUUUGAAACUAAAGUUGCUGAAAUGAAAGUAAUUCUUAAAGAAUCACAUUAUAAAUGGUUUGCUAAUUAUAUGGUUGUCAAAAGAGCUAGUAUUGAAUUGAAUUAUCAUCAACUUUAUAAUCAAUUCCUUGAUGCUCUUGAAGUACCAGAACUUUAUUAUCAUAUUUUACAUGAAACUUUUUCAAACAUUAAAGUAUUAUUGAAUUCCGAAAAAACAGUACAUUCUUCAUCUGAAAGGUCUUUAUUAAAAAAUCUUGGAUCUUGGCUUGGUAGUCUGACGCUUGCCAAAAACAAACCUAUUAGACAUAAGAAUAUAGCAUUCAAGGAAUUACUAAUACAAGGUUAUGAUAGUAAUAGAUUGAUAGUGGUUAUUCCAUUUGUCUGUAAAGUCCUUGAACAAGCAGGAAACAGUAAAGUUUUCAAACCACCAAAUCCAUGGUCGAUGGCAAUCAUUAAACUCCUGGUGGAAUUGUAUCACAACGUAGAGUUAAAACUAAAUUUGAAAUUUGAAGUUGUGGUUUUGUGUAAGAGUUUGAAUAUUGAGCUCAAAGAUAUCACACCAACAACUAUUCUCAACAAUCGUCCUCCAAAGGGAUCAAUUGUUUUACAAACAGAAUCACCUCCACCAGAAUUUGAAAAAUGGCAUACAAAUAACUCUUCUAAGAUUGGACAUCAAAUAUCUAGGCCACCAAGUACUCCACUUGCACAAAAUCCUCCAUCUUCAUUACCUUUGAAUGAUGAUAUUAUUUCAAAUAUUUCUCAAUAUAUUACAUUCAACCCUACAUUGUCUAUAUUUUCUAAUCAACCCAAUUUGAGAAAAAUUAUUAUUACUCCUGUAGUUGAAAGAUCUGUUAGUAUUGCAAGCAUUUCCACCCAUGAGUUAAUUAUUAAGGAUUUUGCUAUGGAACCAAACGAGGAAAAAGUGCGCAAUGCCGCACAUUUAAUGGUACAAAAUUUAGCAGGAAGCCUAGCCUUAGUUACAUGUAAAGAACCUCUUAAAAUCAGCAUGGCAACACAUCUAAGAAAUUUAUUUUUGGAAAAUAUUUAUAGUGAGCAAAAUAACGUUGAACAAGCAAUUUUAAUUCUUGUUUCUGAUAACCUUGAGUUGGCAUGUUCAGUUAUUGAAAAAGCGGCAAUAGAUAAAGCGGUGCCUGAGAUUGAUGAAGCAUUGUCAUCUUUAUUUAGUAAUCGUAAAAAACACAAUGAGAGAACUAGCCAACCAUAUUAUGAUAUGUCAAUAUAUUCUGGUGCCUCAAGAUUUGCUAAUAAUCUACCUGACCAUUUACACUUAAAAUCUAAUGGAUUGCAGCCACAACAACUACGUGUAUAUGAAGACUUUGGAAGAAGCCUGCAUUACAAUAAUCAGACUGCUUCAAUAUAUGAUGAACAUGCUCCUAGAUCGGCUAUAUCUAGACAAGACUUCCAAAUUAAUCAUCCAUACGCUAUGCUAGAAAUGCCAUAUGAUGCUGUUUCUACAGCAGCAGUAUCUCAAGUUCCAGCGCAUAUUACAUUUCACCAAACUUCUUGGUCAGCUUUACCACAUAAUCAUGAAAUAUGCAUUCUGGUUAAAGAAAUACCAAUCUUGGCAACUCAGACCUAUAACCGUGAUGAGACAGCUUUGAUGUUCUCACAAAAAAUCAUGCAAUUUUUAUAUAAGAAUGAUUUUAAUUUUUCUCGAGAAGUUUAUGUUAUUUUGCUUGAAAAGCUUUGUGAAAUUUCUCUAAAAGUUUUCAAAGAAGUUACAGCAUGGUUAUUAUAUUCUGAUGACGAACGUAAAUUUAUUGUGCCUGUGGUCAUUUUAUUGAUCAAAGCUGGUCUCGUCAAUGUUGUUGAUCAAGAUUUACAGCUUGCUAAAUUGAUUGAAGAUGGAAGAUCUGUUGUUAUAGACUUUACAACAAAAUUAAUUCAUGAAUGUGUUCUCAAAGAUCCACCAUGUGCUACUCGUAAUGAUUUUAUAUAUUCAUUAGAUGCUUUAACCCGACUUACUCAAAGGGGCAAAGCAACUGAAGCUGUUAUACAAUUAUUGGAUGAUUUGUACCCUCGUAUUAUCAGAAAUAAUAUUGUUAUUAAUAAUAUUGAUGAAAUCGAAUUGCAUGAUCAACUAGCACAUUUCUUUACAGAAUGGAUUAGAGUUUAUCAGGAUCCAUCUUCAGGUGAAAAGGCUUAUACUAGUUUUAUUCAGAGGCUACAACAACAAGGUGUGUUAAAAGGGGAAGAAAUAUCUUCAAUGUUCUUUAGGGUUUGCACUGAAACUAGCAUAGAGAUUUACCUAAAACAAAGAUCACUCCACCAAAUUACACCUGCUGUGGCUUAUCAAGCAAUUGAUGCCUUUUCUAAACUUAUUGUUCUAUUGGUGAAAUACCACACAGACCCUGAGGGUAUUGAUGAUAAUGUUGCAAAAAUUUCUUACUUGACAAAGAUACUGUCAAUAGUAAUACUAAUUUUAGCACAGGCACAUGAACAACAUAGUCAACAAUUCAAUCAAAAACCAUUCUUCCGAUUGUUCUCAAAUUUAUUAAAUGAUUUAAAUUCUUAUGAACAGCAAUUUCAAUCGAUUUAUUUUCAAAUUCUUAUAGCUUUAAGUAAUACAUUUCAUACUUUACAACCUUCCUUUUUCCCUGGAUUCACUUUUGCAUGGUUUUCAUUGAUUUCACAUCGACUGUUCAUGCCAAAAUUAUUGUUAGCAGAGAAUCAAAAGAUGAAAGAUACUACAUGUUUAUUAUACAAAGGGACAUUACGUAUUUUACUUGUUUUGUUACAUGAUUUUCCAGAAUUUAUUUCUGGUUAUCAUUUAAGCUUUUGUGACGUGAUUCCGUCAACAUGUAUUCAAUUAAGGAACCUUAUAUUGAGUGCCUUUCCACGCACUAUGAGGUUGCCAGAUCCUUUUACACCAAACCUUAAAGUGGAUCUAUUACCAGAAAUAUCGCAACCACCGAUAAUUUUAUCUGAUUACACUUCAGCUUUAAUAACACAUUGCCUUAAAGAUGAUGUUGAUGAGUAUUUAAAAUUACAUUCACCGAUUAAUUUUUUAACGAAAUUGCAUGAUAAGCUGUUGUUGGGCACUAGUCAACAAGAUACAGCUCUUAUUGUCUCCAAGUAUAAUAUACCACUCCUCAAUGCUCUUGUUCUUUAUGUUGGUAUUAAAGAUGUUUAUGAUAAUUUUCAAGGGACUUUAAUUACAACAAGUCUAUCUAUGGAUAUUUAUAAACAAUUAGUUGUUGAUCUUGAUCCAGAAGGUCGCUAUUAUUUUUUGAGUGCCAUUGCAAAUCAACUUCGGUAUCCCAAUAGUCAUACACAUUAUUUUAGUUGUGUUUUAUUGUAUAUCUUUGCAGAAGGAAAGCAAGAGGGGAUCAAAGAGCAAGUUACAAGGGUUUUAUUGGAAAGGUUGAUUGUGAACAGACCACAUCCAUGGGGGCUUUUAAUUACUUUUAUAGAAUUGAUCAAAAAUCCUCUAUAUAAUUUCUGGAGCCAUUCAUUUACAAGAUGUGCCGCAGACAUAGAACGUUUAUUUGAAAGUGUUAGCAGGUCUAUAAACCAAGUAUAG